AUGGCCUCCGCUGAAAUCACCGAGGUGCAGGAGCAGCUCAGCGACGCGGUCACCCACCUCGUCAGAGUGAUCGAUCACGACGAGAUGUGGGGGAUCAACCUCCGUGGUAAAGACUGCCACAAUAUCCCCUACCGCAUCGUCAUGGAGAAGUUCCUACGUGCCAAUAAGCACGACCUUGCCAGCACCGCGGCACACUUCGAGAAGGUCCUACGCUGGCGUAAGCAGGUCGAUCCCCGUAGGGCGCUGUUGGCUGUCUACAAGCCCGAGCAGUUCAGAGGCAGGGGCAACAUCUCCAAUCAUAUCCGCGCUGCUAAGCCGGAUUUGUUCAUCACUUGGAACAGAUAUGGUUAUGGUGGUCCGCCGACUGAUACGUUCCGCGAUGUCAUGGCGUUCCUCCAAUACCGUGUGGCUCUGAUGGAGGCCGGAAUUGAGAUGAUGGGAAUUGCUCAUGCUGUCAACAUGAUCCCUCCGAAUGGACCUGACCCGUACCGUAUGAUCCAGGUCUACGACUGCAAGGACAUCAAGAAACACUUCAAAAAAUCGGGGACAGGUGCCAAAUUCACCACUGUUUCAGCUCCAGACAAAUUGGGUGAGCUGUUGGCCAGUGAGUGUGCUGUACCCAUUGGAUCUGUCCCCGAGGAGUACGGUGGCCACCAGCCUAAGGUGUUUGAUUACGAACCGUUGAGCUUUGCACCUCAAUCGGCCCCAAGAUCGAGUGAUCCAUUACCACGGAAGAAGAAAGGCAUCUUGAAGAACUGGAAGUCCAAUGUGGCAGCAGGAACCACCCAGGAUCACGAUGACGGACACGUCCAUGAUAGCCCGGUGGGAGAGAACGGCAAGAAGAAGCGAUUCGGCACUGUCCGGUCCAUGUUAUCAGUGAAAUCCAAAGGCACUAAAGCCGAUGACUCCCCCGCGGACGAGAGCAGGAUUACACCCUCAGGUGAAGCAACGGAGGUGGCCAGCCAGCCCACCAUGACACCUGCAUCGGCUGGAAACAACGAGACUACCUUGCCCGAGAUCGCUAUAAACGCAGACAACAGCUGUGCGGUCGAGUCUACUCCUACCGAAGCUCGUCGCCAGUCACUCAUUGAUGGUGCUCCUGCGGCCGCAUCUUCUGGUGAGAUCACUGUGAUGGCCGCACCCCAAGCUGCGAGUGGCGAACAGCAAGUUGCAGGCCCACCGGGUAAGGAGAUCCCAUCCCAAGUCUCAAAUGGUCACAAAACAUUGAACGGGCUAGCUUAG